AAUGAUGUCGCAUUAGGUGAGGGCGUGGUGUCGCAGGUGUUGCACGGCGCCAGUGUUGCAGGGAGGAUCGUGAGAGGGGACGACUUGUGCUCUCUUUCUCUCUUUGUCUUACUUCAUCCUGACCGACACGCUCAAUGAGGAGUCUCCUGCCGCCACUGCUGAUGAUCCUGCUGUUGUGUGUGGUGUUCGAGGCAGUCCGAGGAGAGACAUGGCAAGAAGUUUAUGAUGCUUGGGCAGCAGACUUGAAACCUGGCUGGAUGAUCGAGGAGUUCGACACUCAACGGCGCUGCUACUGCAAGGUGCCCCGCAGGUCCUCCCUCCCGCUUACGCCGAGCACCACCUUCGCCAGCGCAUCUAACACCACAGUCUUCACCGCGCACCUCACCACAGCUGCCACCCCUACUGGCCCCACCAUCACCACCAUCACCAUCACUCUCGCGCCUUCCACCACUAACCCUUACUCCACCAGAACAACGGCCUCCCCGUCCCCCAGCCCGGUGCAAGUCACCACCACCAUCACUACCACUGACGGCCUUACAUUCUCCACCACAGACCCUGAGGUCAUCAUCACCUCUCCACAUAUAUCUGACUCCACACCACCACAUACACACCACACCACAUCCCAGACUAUACCAAAAAAACAGACUACUACUUCUAAUACUAAUGCUUCUCUUACCAAUACUACCACCACCGCCACAAGCACAGGGAAAGACAACACCAAUGUUACCGUAACAACUACACCUAAUAUUACCACUGCAGCCACUUCUAUUAGAUCCACUUUCAUCACCACCACCUCUACACCUGCCAUUACAUUUCAGAGCCUCACUUCCACUAUUCCUAAUCCCACCUCCUCCAUCAUCAACAUCACCAGUAACAACUUCACCACCACUGCUGCCUCAGGUUUCCCCAUUAUCAAUACCACUACUGCCACUCGCACACAGGCUAUAACUACCUUAAGACCCAUCACCGCUUCUCUCCAUAACAUCACCACCAUAGUCACCACCACCUCACACUCCCCGACCACUGUCUCCAGCCCCUUCACCACAACCAUUAUCAAUAACACUACAUCCAAAUCAACCAUGACAACAGGAAAUGCACCAUUCACUACUACCACAACAGCUGCUACAACUUCCAAUCCAGCUACCACCACCACCACAACCCCAUCGAUAAAUGCCACUAAAGUCAUUUCAACGACAAAAACAACUACAGCCACCAUGAAGACCUCAGCCACAACCAUCCCAUUAACUACCAGUACUACUACCACUACUACCAUCCCAAAGACAACCACAACCUCUAAGUCAAUAAUCACCUCAAAAAUAACCACCACACUCACCACACCAAUUAGCACCACCCAGAAAACAACUACCACCACCACUACCACCACCACGAAACCAAAAACCAACCAAGCCACAAUCCCCAAAACAACAACAACCACAACUUUACCAAAAACAACCACCACACUAACUACAGCAACUCCAGGAACUACCACCACAACCACCAUUCCACAAACUACCAUCACAGACACUCCUGAAGCUACAACCACUCCCAAAACAACAACCACAACAAAAACGACCACUACCACCACUACUCCUACUCCUAAUGUAAUCACAACCACCAUCACGCCCACCACCACUACCACAAUCCCAAAAACAACUACAAUAAUCACAUCACCAACAACUAUCAUUACCACCACGCCAACCACCACCGCAACCACAACCACAACCUCAACUACGUCAACGACUCCAACUAAAGCAAAUUGUGACGUCACUAUUAUUGUCUCUCAUGGAAGUCUCGAUUACUGGACGUCCCCAAACUACCCUGAGCACUACCCAGAGGACAUCAUCUGCACCAUGCGAGUUAGGAUUCCCGUCACGCUGCAGACCGGAGUGGUGGACAUCGAGGUGGUGCCACCUGGUGUCAUUUUUAGACCGCCGACGGUGUUGGCCGGAUGUGGCGGAGAUAGGCUGCAAGUUGUCAGCGAACUUGGUUCUAAAACCAACCACUGUGGCGACCUUCGUGGACAAUCGUGGAGCAUGACAUCUAUGGGAGACGCGCCCAAGGAUAUCACCUUCACAUUCACCUCUACCUCGGCAGACGGUGGCAAAGGCAUCGGCUUCAAACUUUCCAUUAAAGGAUACGAUUAUGCAAGUGGUUUUGGUUUCGAUUCCUGAGGGCGCCAAAUGUUGCCAGUUUGUGGAGAGCUACCAGAGACCACACCCAGGCCUCAGCAGCAUGGCCUCAUCUCAUGUUAAUUUCACUCUGGCGUUACUUUGAAAUUAUGUAAAUAACGAGUGAAAACCUUUAAAUUUCUGCGAUUUGCUACGCCACCAAAUAUUCCAAGAUGCUAACAAGGUCUCUGGCAUAAAUUGUACCACAACAUAACAUGAAAUUGUCACUAGUAAACAUGGUCAUUACUGCAGUGGUUCAACCCGGUAGAUGAUGAUCAGAGUUACAACAUCAGAAGAACCAGAACGGCAGAACACCCACAGCUGCUACGGUACUUCGGGUCUACUUACCGACAUAAAGAAUUUUUCCCCCUUUUUAUACACGAAAUUAUUUAGUUAGCUUUUACAAAAAUGUCAUUAGUCUUUUUUUUUUUUUUCUUCUUCUUUUUCACCCAACCAAGUCCAAGUGGCCUCCAACCUCCCCUCAUUCUUAGAAGAUAAUGAAAAUAACAAUAGUACUGACGAUAAUGACAUGUAAUAAUCAAGUAAACAAUGUUUCAUAACAUGUAAAAAAAUAUAAUAAUAAUAAAGAUAAAAUUGCUGGACAAAAGGGCGCAAUGGCGCAAUUCUGUGAUAAUACCCACAUUUGUAGUUUACUUACCUCAUCUGGCUUAGUAACUUAGGCCAACAACAACUCUAUUUUCCUCUUGAUCCUGCUGGGGCACUGGAUCACUACCAGUAAAGUCUGUCAGAAUACGUUACCCACUUAAUGCCAUAAGACUGUCAGGCAGGUUUGUUUACAUUGUAGACCGAACACAACCACUGCCCACCUGUAACUCAUUGUUUAGGCUACACGUUUUAUCUAUAGCUUGGCCUACCUUCUGUGGGUGUGUAGUACUUCACAUGUACUGUAGACAUUGCACGUGACGUUAUCGACAACGCAAUGCACGUAAAUAAAUGAAGUAACCGUCUAAUGUCACAUUCACACGAACGUGGUACACACGUACACACUUCGAGCAAACGAGCACUAUUCGAAGUUCCAGUAAUUUACACUCGCCGGAAAGACAAGUAGUUCCAUGAUCAUGCACUUUAACAUGCACAUAUUUCAGAGUAAUAACAGUAUUUUUAGAGGAUAAAUUGCUUUGAAAAUAUUUCACUGACAUGAAAAUACCACUUGAUAAGAUCAUUUAAUUAUUGCUAACCAAGAUUGUACAAAUUAUGGGAUGUAGUUCCCAGAACAAUAAAGGAAACUUUACUAUGACUUUA